UACGUUCGCCCGGUGCACCGCUCUGCCUCCAGUUUAGCUCGUGACCCCCGUGAAGAUGAAACCCUUUGCUUUUGUUGUUCUGGCUGUGUGCCUGGCCCUGGCCCAAGGUCGUCCCGGUGGCCAGUAUUUGCCGCCUUUGCCGGUGAAGGAGGUAUCGCAGGCACCCAGUUUCAAGCAGUUGCUGCAGCCUCAGUUGCCGCAGGUGCUUCAUCAGCUGCAGCCGCAUAUCCAGGCCCAGGUGGAGUCUAUCCAGGCUUCGAUUCCGCUGGCCAGCUUCACUAUACAUUCCGGUGGACAACAGCAGCAGCAGCAGCAGUACCAAGCUGCCCCUGCCCCAGCACCCGUGGUGAUCUCAGCCCCGGCACCAGCACCUGUGGUUAUCCCAGCUCCUGCUCCUGCUCCUGUUCCCGUUCCUGCCCCAGCUCCCGUUCCCGCACCCGUGGAGAUCCCUCAGUCAGCUCCUCAGGUGAUCUAUGAGCCACCGAAGCCCAUUGUGGCCACCCAGACGGCUGUGAGGAAUGCCUAUCUGCCACCCACUCCUGUCCAACAGUUUGUGCCUGCUCCUGAGCCUGUGGUGGAGACUAUUGCCCCGCAGCAGGAGACACAGACUGUGACCACCACCUACACUGCUCCUGCUCCUGCUCCCGCUCCUGUUCAUAUUCCCGCCCCUGUUCCAGUUGCAGUCCCUGUGCCCGUGGUCCAUGAACAGCAUCAGGUGGUGCAGCAGACUUACUCCGCUCCAGCUCCUGUCCAGAUUCAGCAGACUUAUGCUCCUGCUCCUGCCCCUGUCCAAGUCCAGGAACAGCAGACUUACACUGCUCCUGCUCCUGUCCAGGUUCAGCAGACAUACUCCGCUCCUGCUCCCGCUCCCGCUCCCGCUCCCGCUCCCGCUCCUGCUCCUGCUCCUGUCCAAGUCCAACAAACCUACACCGCUCCCGCACCUGUUCAGGUCCAGGAACAGCAGACCUACUCCGCUCCUGCCCCGGUGGUUCAACAGACCUACUCUGCCCCUGCUCCUGUCCAGAUCCAACAGACGUACUCCUACCCAGCUCCUGCUCCUGUCGUCCAGCAAGCUCCGGCUCCAGUGGUUCAGGAAGUGAUCCAGCAGGCACCAGUGGUUCAGCAGACUUAUUCGGCACCCGCUCCGGUGGUGCAGGAAGUCGUCCAGCAGGCACCCGUUGUCCAGGAAGUGGUUCAUCAAGCUCCCGUAGUCCAGCAGACUUACUCCGCACCCGCUCCUGUGGUUCAUCAGGCGCCAGUGGUGCAGGAAGUCGUUCAACAGCAGGCCCCAGUGGUCCAGGAAGUGGUUCAUCAAGCUCCUGUGGCCCAGGAAGUGAUCCAUCAAGCUCCAGUUGUCCAGCAGACCUACACCGCUCCUGCCCCGGUGGUUCAACAGACCUAUUCUGCCCCUGCUCCUGUCCAGAUUCAGCAGACCUAUUCCGCUCCAGCUCCAGUGGCUCAGCCGAUCUCGAUCCCAGAGCCUGUUCAGCAGACUGUCCAGCAGGCGCAGUAUAGUGGCUACGCCUACCAAGCUCCGGCUCCGGUUCCGGCUCCUGUUCCAGCUCCUCAGCCAGCUCCAGUUCAGGCACCAGUUCCUGCCCCGGCUCCCAUUAUCACAUCUGCUCCUGCCCCUGUGCCCGUUUCCAUUCCCGCCCCGGCACCUAUUCAGCUGCAGCAGUCCUUUGUGCCCGCUCCACCAGCUCCCGUCCAAGUCCAGGAAGUCCACCAGGUGCAACAGACCCAGCAGCAGGUCCACCAGGUCCAGCCCCAACCCAUUGUCCAGUACUCUCAGCCAGCGGUGCAGCAACAGGUGACCUACGCCCAGCCCGCUCCCAUUGUCCACCAGACUGAGGUGGUUGCUGCUCCCGCUCCCGUUGCCGCUCCCGUUUCCAUUCCCGCUCCCGCUCCCGUUGAGGUGGGAACCAGCUAUGCCGCCAACGGCGGAUACCUGUACUAG